ACUUCAGACACAGUCUCUUUUGAACUAAAUACACGCCUUCUGAAUCUCUUGCUUGCUCAAAAGCACAUAUCUGAAACAAAAUUGUGGUAUUUAACUGUUAACCUUAAGCAUAAACCAUAUAUUGCUGGAAUGGUGCUUUCAAGAGUUGUAAAGAAGAAAAUUCUCGUGUACUUUUGACGACUGAAGUUUCGUGAACGCCAAAUGCCCGUUAUGUUUGUUGAUAUUGAUACAUGAUCUACCUGCGUCGAACAGCAAUUAUGUCGUCUUCAACUACAACUUGAUAUUUGAUCACCUAAGACACGACAAGCCGGAAACAUGGCCAAACAACAUGAAAUUGCUCAUGAAUUUGGCUAUCCCGACGAACGAUUCCAAACUGUGUUAAGCGACAAUUUGCAUUGCGCUAUUUGUUCGUGCGUGUUGAAGGAUCCAGUGAUGUGCAAGAACGAACACUGUUUUUGUCGAGCAUGUAUCACGAAGCAUCUUGAAAAUCACCAAAAUUGCCCUUCUUGUAAUCAAGAGCUAACCGUUGAGUCACUCGCAGAUGCACCGCGUAUUGUGAGAAAUCUGCUGUCGGAAAAGCGAAUUAAAUGUGAUCAUCACGAGCGCGGUUGUGAAGAAAUCGUUGAGCUUGGAAACCUGGCAAGUCAUGUCGCUGUGUGUGGCAAAGCUCCAGUUGUGUGCUCGAAUGAAGAAUGUUCAAGAGAGAUCAACAGAGAGGAUCAAACACGACACGAGAGCGAGGAAUGCAGAUUUCGUCAAGUGAAAUGUCGAAAUUGUAAAGAAAUGGGCUCCAUGAUGCAAGAAAUUGGAACUAGUUUGGGUGGUCUGUGCGAGCAAUUUGCGAAAUUAAAUGAGGAAACGAAAACAAGUUUGACAGCGAUGGAAAACAAGUUUUCGGAAAUGGAGAACAGGUUUGAGAAAAGAGUAAAUCAGUUCAUUAACCGUGAUGGUCCAAAAUGUGAGUCUGGACAGCACGAAGGAGCGCCUGAUAACAUCGAAGGUGGUAGAAGUGAUCAAGCUACUGCAGUUGACCCGUUCAUUGACUUGAAAGAGGGGAAGAAAUACGCGUAUAUUGUUGCUGGUGGGGAGGGAACACCGGGGAAGCUAUUGAAUUCUGCUGAGGUUUUUGAUAAAACUUCUAAUUCUUGGCAAAAGUUGCAACCUAUGAAAAUCAGCCGUGCUUGUGCAAGUUCGGUGGUCUACAACGAUCAAGUCCUUGUUGCAGGUGGGAAGACGGGAGGUAACGCUUGCAUAAGUAGCAUUGAACAAUUUAGCCGGUUUUGGUCUCAUUUUCAAGUUAAUAUGCCUAAGGCAUUGAGAGAGCAUCGCUGUGUAAUGUUUGACGAUAGAAUGUUCAUCAUUGGGGGCUUUGAUCCAGAGAAAAAGGAGUAUUCUGAUCUUAUCUACGAGGUCCAACUACGUUUUCCUUUCAAUACAAAGAUUUUGGCCAAAUCACCUCCUUCUAUACCCGUCCGAGGCUGCGGUGUUGUUCUUGUUGGUGAUAAAAUUUUGAUGUUUGGUGGUUAUAACAGAGGUGGUUAUGACAAUACCAAUAACGUGACGAUGUAUGAUAUAUCUCAGAACGAGUUUAAAGAGCUUGCGCCAUUACCUACCUGCAUGAAAGACGUGGUGACCGUCAAGUUUGAAGAAAAUGUUGUUCUUGCUGGGGGUUUCUCGGGCAGUGAUGUUUUCAGUUAUAAUGUCGAGACACAAAAAUGUGUCAAUCUGCCAUCCAUGAGUUGCAAACGUCUUAAUUGUUGUGCAGUUGUUGAUGGACAAUCAGUGGUGCUGAUGGGAGGUUGGUGUGGAAAACCUUUAGAUUCAGUCGAAGCCUAUGACUUUCGGACCUCUGCGUGGAGAAAGCUUCCUUCAAUGAACGAAGGAAGGCAUAACUUCAUUGCAGAAAUUAUCUAA